AAAUAAUAGGUGGCAAAACAAUGUGCACAUUUUUGCUAUUCUCGUAGUUGUUGGCGGUGUAAUAAAGAUAUUUAGACAAAGAACCCGAUUCUUUGUGGCACAAUGUUAUUUCAGGUCAUGCACGUAAGAGGCAGGCUACCAGGCGGGCGCACCGCGUGUAGUUUUGAUUGGAAUCGGAUAUAUUUGUAUUCGCGUACCUUAGGUUGAGUUUCAAUCGUUCAGGUGAUGUCGGUGCAAAAUGCUACUCAGUAAGGGCCUUGAUUGUCAGUAUUGGAGGAGAGGGUUAACUUUACUUUACGCUUUUAAAGACUAUUACUUUUGCUUUUUUUUUUUUUACCUAAAUCGAGGAACAGCUGCAUUCUGAUAGCUUGGUUGUGUUAGCCUGUGUAAUUACGUGAAUGCGCAAAUUCUUUAUUACCAGUUGAGAAUUUAAGGUUGCUGCAACAUACCUCCAGUACACAGAACGUCCCAUCUGGCCAGAAUGGGCUCUAAGCGGUACACCAGCCAGCCUUCGACCCGCCGGGACAGCUUUGAGGACGGGGGGGCCUUUGAAAAGUUUGAGCUGUAUGUCCCUAAGGAGGCAGAGGUGAUUGUUGUUCCUGAGAAGGCUCUGCCUUUGUCCAUACGGAGCAGGAUGAGCUCAGUCCCCUCGGUGAAGAAAGCAGCUGACGGGGUGGCCGCUGUCUCUGACUGCAUGGCCACUUGGAUCUCUCCUGUUGUGAUUCAGGAGAGAGAGGCUCAGCUUCGAGACUCCAGCAGUCCCCAAGAUGACGGACUGGCGCGGGCGCGUCUUCACAGUGCUGUCGUGGCGUCUGCAGCGCUGAGGCACUGUUGCUGGCUUCCCAUCACCUGUGCACAUCUGGCUGCCUUUAAUGUCCUGAGGGACUUCUUGCCCCUAGGGCAGGGCUGUCAGUCCAGAAAGGAAAGGAAUGAGGUCCUUUCGGAGCCCACCUCCUUACCUCCAGGACGCGUCCUCCGCUUCACCCGUGACUCCAUCAUCAUCCAUGGGGGCCGGAUUUUCUUAUCCAUCAAGAAUUCCGCAGCCGCCCUCAAGAGGAGCCAUGGUCGCCCCGUUCCCGUACAAGAUUCUUCACCCCUGACUGUCAUACAGUGUCAGGACAACUUCCGUACGUCUCCGGGCACCCGACAGAACAGGAAAAAGCCCUGUGCCACCGCGGCCAGCGUGCAGAUCUCAUCUCUGCUUCAGCCUUGUUCCAUGGCUAGAGUGAAGCUUCAGGAUGCAGGGGCUUUGCUGCAGAAGUUUGGCAUCAGUCGGGAGGUGCGUGUGACUCUGAGGAGGCUACCUGAGAUACACAGAGGAUGCGGGUGCGACUGGCAGCUGGAUGCUGUGAUGGAUCGAAAUGACCAAAUGUUGCCCUCUAGUGGCUCAUCAGUAGAGGAGUCUGGUAGUUGUAUAAACGUAAAAGAUUCCAAAAGCGAAAGUUUCCAAGAACACUGUGCUGUUUUUGAUCAGAGUGAUCCUGUGGAAGAGAAACAUCGGGUGGAUAAUAAGGAGCAAGACACAAAGGAACCUGUGCUUAAGAAAACAAGACUUUCACACCCUCCUGUGUUAGGGUUACAUGAGGGUAAUGGAGGAAACAAGACAGUGGAUGAUGAAAAAGAUGGGGAUGUGAGCAGGACUGGGUACGGAGAAGAGGGUUCUGCCCUCGGACAGGAGGAAGUUAUUGAAGAUGGACAAGAAGAAGUGGCCAGGGGUGAUAAUGGGGACUGUGUGAAACACAAGUGUGAUAUCAAAAGUGAAGAGACAUUGAACUGGGACAGCCACAGCCCAGAUAGGUCGCAUGCUGGGGAACUGCCCCCCUACCUUGUCACAUCCCAGCUAGAAGAUCAUGCGGCGUUUGACUUCGAGCAGCUGGCAAGGCAGGAGAGGAUAAAUCGGAUUCGGGAGAUGAUCCGGGAAAAGGAGGCUGCUCUGAGGAGUCUGGAACCCCCCAGUUAAAUUCUGCUGGGUGUGGGAGGCACAGUGACUUUGUUUCCUGUUUCUCUGUUCUGUGUUUCCUGGUGCUGACUGAAGUUUUCUUUUGUUUUCCUUUCCCUAUUUUGCAUACACAUUUGCCCCUUGUAUUAUUGAGUGCAAUAUAUGGCCUGUUACAGGUCACAUGGUGUGGAGGACACUGGCAAUGCCUUUCCAUCACCCCCCGUUUCAUUAUGGGAAAUUUUGUAAAAAUAAAAUUUAAACAGAUUGUAUACACUACAUUUUGUACAUGUGCAAAACUGAGGGGGGGGGGGUAUGAAUUCAUGCAUAAUUAAGCUGAUCUUUGCCUGUUUGCAUUAUGGGAUGGCUUGUGCUCCUGAGAAUCGGCUGCCCCGUGCUGCUUUACCAGCCAGGUGAUUCCAUUCUGUAUGCCGGUUAAUGUCUGGGGGUAGAGCACGACUCCAGAUAUAAAUGACUAAUUCCUAUGAUGCCUUCUAUUUCAAGGGGCUUCAUCUACUGACCUGGGAGCAGUUUGAAUAGAACAGCCCUUCUGAAGGUUGCCAUUGCGUUAAUGACUAGAAACUAUGUGUCAGUGGUUGUGAAUUGCACUGAAUACUUUGUAAUGGCUGUACUGAUGUACAGCCUUUUGUUCAGUUUCCAUGAGCAUGACAUGGGGGUGGGAAGGGGGGGGGUUACAUGACUUGUUAUGCAUAUUGAAGUGUCUAAGCAGGCUGAAUGGGAUUAUUUUAGUUUUUCUGGAGUUGAAGACAAUCCAUGAUGAUGGAUAAGAUCCUGUUUCCUACUUGGUUUCUUCCCCACUGUUGGUGUCGCAGGUUUUGUGAAACUACUCUUUCAGGAAUCCGCUGUUGUAGGUGAAAUGUACGGUGAGUGAGAUGUACGGGGUUUUCAGGAUGCGGCAGACAAUGCGAUUUCUGUUUUCACUCUUGGUGGCUUACCACUGUAACACUGAACAGUUUGGGCAGGGGAGUAGCUGAGGCCAUUGAAAUUAGCUUCUGUUUGUGUUGACUUGCGAUUAUCUGCUGUUUUCCGUACUCUCUGCACCUCUGUCCUUGUGCAAUAAAUCAUAAUGUGUCUGA